AUGGCGGCGGCGGCGGCGGCGGCGGGGCGGCGGGUGAACGUGAACGUGGGCGUGCUGGGCCACAUCGACAGCGGCAAGACGGCGCUGGCGCGCGCGCUGAGCACCACGGCGUCCACCGCCGCCUUCGACAAGCAGCCGCAGAGCCGGGAGCGCGGCGUCACGCUCGACCUGGGCUUCUCGUGCUUCUCGGUGCCGCUGCCGCCGCGCAUGCGCUCUGCGCUGCCCGCGCGCGACGGGCCGGGGGAGCCGGAGCUGCAGGUGACGCUGGUGGACUGUCCCGGCCACGCCUCCCUCAUCCGGACCAUCAUCGGCGGGGCCCAGAUCAUCGAUUUGAUGUUGCUCGUCAUCGACGUGACCAAAGGGAUGCAGACGCAGUCGGCGGAGUGCCUGGUCAUCGGGCAGAUCGCCUGCCAGAAGCUGGUCGUGGUGCUGAACAAAACGGACCUGCUGGCCGAAGGCAAGCGACAGGCGGCCGUUGAGAAGAUGACCAAGAAGAUGCACAAGACCCUGGAGAGCACAAAGUUCCGGGGUGCACCCAUCAUACCCGUGGCGGCCAAGCCGGGGGGGCCUGAGGCCCCCGAAACCGAAGCCCCUCAGGGCAUCCCGGAGCUCAUCGAGCUCCUGGCGUCCGAGAUCCCCGUCCCGGCGAGGGACCCCUCGGGCCCCUUCCUCAUGUCCGUGGACCACUGCUUCUCCAUCAAGGGUCAGGGGACAGUGAUGACGGGGACCAUCCUGUCGGGCUCCAUCAGCCUCGGUGACAGCGUGGAGAUCCCUGCCCUCAAGGUGGUGAAGAAGGUCAAGUCCAUGCAGAUGUUCCACACGCCCGUCGCCACGGCCAUGCAGGGGGACCGGCUGGGCAUCUGCGUGACCCAGUUCGACCCCAAGCUCCUGGAGCGCGGCCUCGUGUGCUCCCCGGGCUCCCUGCACACGGUGCACGCGGCUGUCAUGUCCGUGGAGAAGAUCCCCUACUUCCGGGGCCCGCUGCAGACCAAGGCCAAGUUCCACGUCACCGUGGGCCACGAGACGGUCAUGGGGCGACUCAUGUUCUUCAGCCCCGCGCCCGACGACCCGGACCCCGAGCCCGCGCCGGGCACCUUCGACUUCUCCCGCGAGUACCUCUUCCAGGAGCAGUACCUGUGCGGGGACUCGGCCGCGGCGGGGACAGAUGGCGACGCCGGGGACAAGAAGGCGGGCCCGGCCGCAGACGGCCGCUGCCCCCGGCGGCAGUGGGCCCUCGUGGAGUUCGAGAAGCCGGUCACCUGCCCGCGGCUGUGCCUGGUCAUCGGGUCCCGGCUGGACGUGGACAUCCACGCCAACACGUGCCGCCUGGCCUUCCACGGCGUCCUGCUGCACGGGCUGGAGGACAGGAACUACGCCGAGACCGCCCUGCCCUCGCUCAGGGUGUUCAAGCUGAAGCACAAGCAUGGCCUGGUGGAGCGGGCCAUGGACGACGGCAGCGUCAUCGGCCGCUCGCUGUUCAAGAAGGAGACCAACAUCCAGCUGUUCGUGGGGCUCAGGGUGCGGCUGUCCACCGGGGAGGUGGGUGUCAUCGCCGGCGCCUUCGGCCAGAGCGGCAAGUUCAAGGUCCACGUGCCCGGUGGCCUCAGCCCCGAGUCCAAGAGGAUCCUGACGCCGGCCCUUAAGAAGCGGGGACGCGCGGGCCGCGGGGAGGCGGCCAGGCAGGACGAGGGCGCGGAGCGGACGGAGCCCCCCCAGCAUGUGACGCUCAGCCUGUCUUUCAAGCGUUACGUCUUUGACCCGCACAAGCGCAUGGUCCAGUCCCCCUGAGCGCCCCGGGGGUCCCCACUCAUACCCAGCCGCCCGCCUGGGCUUGGGGCUCGGGCCCAGUGAGACCCUGGGGAUGGGGCACAGUGGGAGAUGUCACGGAGACCAGGAGGGGCUGUCACUUGACCCCCCAGUGCCCUUCCACCCAGGACAGCCACCGACCGAGCCUGCCCGGGAAAGGGCUGUGGCCCAGGGUGGGGGGCUGGUGCCCGGUCUCCCACUGUGCCCCAGCCUCUCUGGCCGUGGGUGGGCUCACCUCGCCCCCUGCCCCCAGGAGGACAGGCGCCCUGCAGCGACAAAUAAAUGUCCCACGUCCCCA